CUAAGGGUGCAGACCUGCUGAAUCGUCAUGUACACAGGUCCCGGGCAUGUGCUCGUCGCGAUCGCGAUUGCACUCGUCGCUUCAGCCGUGUCGCCGUCAUGCGGGGAGCUUAUUAUSGAAAUGCCCAAAUUCGCUGAACCGAUAACAAAUGUUACGGUUCCGGUUGGCAGAGAAGCAACAAUAAUAUGUAUCGUAGAUGACCUCGGUUCUUAUAAGGUGGCUUGGUUACGGGUGGAUACGCAGACCAUACUAACCAUCCAUAACCAUGUGAUCACGAAAAACCACCGAAUCGGAGUGUCACACUCAGACCACAGGACGUGGCACAUACACAUCAAGGAAGUGAGAGAGUCCGAUAAAGGAUGGUAUAUGUGUCAGAUAAAUACGGACCCGAUGAAAAGCCAACUGGGCUUCUUAGAUAUCGUCGUUCCUCCGKACAUAUUGGACUAUCCAACGAGUACGGACAUGAACGUCCGCGAAGGUAGCAACGUUUCGCUGAGAUGCGCGGCUUCGGGAUCACCUGCGCCCAAUAUCACUUGGCGUAAAGAAGGAUCCGAGCUCAUACGUCUGGAACACAGCCAACAAGUGCAUAGCGUCGAAGGACCAAUUCUGAAUCUGACACGGAUCAGUCGCUCUCACAUGGGAGCAUAUCUAUGCAUAGCGUCAAACGGGGUACCGCCAUCGGUCAGUAAACGGAUUAUGCUGGUGGUGAACUUCCCGCCAAUGAUAUGGAUCCAAAACCAGCUGAUCGGAGCAUUCAUUGGCCAAUCACUGACUCUUGAGUGUUUGUCCGAAGCGCAUCCCAAGUCGAUCAACUAUUGGACCCGAGAGGCCGGCGAGAUCAUUGCUCACGGAGAAAAAUAUGAACCGGAAGAGUUUGUCACUGAACAAUAUAAAACGCGAAUGAAACUCACAAUUAAGUCUGUUACUGCCGAAGAUUACGGCACGUACAAAUGUUUGUCAAGAAAUGCACUCGGAGACACAGAUGGCACAAUAAAAAUAUACCAUCUAACAUUACAUUUGAASACUUUGAAUAAAAAGUUACAAGGACGCGGGAAAAAAAUUGAAGUCAUGUUUGGAUUAAUAAAAGGUUUUGAAAUUAAAAUAGAUAAUAUGUUUAUUAACGAUGUCAAAUCUGGAAAAUUUCUAUACUUCCCAAAAGUGAAAAAAAUGUUAKGUGAAGUGGACAUUUUUGAACAAACCAAUUGGGAUUUUACCAAUGAAUUUUCAAAUAUUGUUGAUUUUAAUGAUUACUAUCUUAAUGGGAUAGGAUUAGAAAAUUUAGAAAUGCAGUUAAUCGAUUUGCAAACUAAUCCAAUUUGGACAAAUAAAUUUGUGAAUAUGCGAGAGCGUAUCGAAGAAUUGGAACGUCAUCGAAUACAUAACGAAGAAACAGAUUGCGGUGUUGACAACAUAAUAUUAGAAGUAUGGAAUAAUAUUCCAGAAAAUUUUUCUUCCGUCAAAAAAUUAGCAAUUUCAUUGUUAACAAUUUUUUCUUCAACAUAUGCUUGCGAAAGUCUCUUUUCGGUAUUAAAUCAUACRCAUUCAAAGGCUAGGAACAGAUUAACGGAGGAAGAUUCGGCAGCAUACAAGAACCGUAACCGRACCAGAAUACGAGUGCAAUCGAAUGAUAUUAGAGACUCUGCGUUCUUAUCGAAGGACGAAAGUACGUCAUAA